AUGAGGACAACAAAGAGAAGAACGGUCCAGUACGAUAAAUAUUCUUUUCCUUAGAGGCAAGGAUAAAGGCGUGUGUUUUGGCAUUGACACGCAAGAAAGAAUCUGGAAACGAAGAAAAUGAAUGGUUCAAAUUCCACUGUUCUUCGUAACCCAAGCGUGGGCUUACUGUGGUGCAGCGCCUUCUCAUUCCAAGCUAUCGGUAUCCUCGUUAGUAACUGCAUGACAAUCGUCACGUUUGGUUUGAACAAGCACCUUAGGAAACGUAGCGUUUAUCUGCUCAUCAAUCUCUCAAUAGCAGACUUCCUCGUGGGGAUACUGCCAUUACCUCUUUAUAUAUAUAUUGUUGGUCUACAUUAUUCAACAUGGUCCAAACCAUCACCUCGAGUGCACGUUAUUAUAUACCAUGGUUAUCACUAUCUAGAUAUAUUUACAGGUUUAACGUCAAUCAUGAAUCUUGCUCUUAUUUCUCUGGAGCGCAUGCUCGCAACGGUGUGGCCAUUACGUCAUCGAGUUACGACAUCUCGAGCUUACGUCAGCAUCAUUAUCUCCACGUGGAUAUUCGCUGCGAUGGUAGCAGCUGUGACGACGUAUAUUAAUGGUUUCUUUGAAGACCACGCCGUCUAUGCAGCUUGGGUUCCUUUCUCUUUUCUAUUAUCUUCACUCUUCUUGAUAAUCAUUUCAUAUUCUGUGGUUUUCGCGAACUUUAAGCUUUGCAGUCAAAGAAUGGCUGGAAAGAAUCGUGUGAGGCAGAAUCACUACCAGAACAAGAAACUUGCCAAGACAUUACUUAUCGUUUCCGCUGCGUCGAUCCUAGCCUGGUUCCCCUUCGCUAUUAUAAAUGGUAUUCAUUACUACACUUAUUUACACAUCAACGAAACUGCCCUAAAUGUUAUUAAACUUUUACAUUACAUGAACUCCCUUAUCAAUACUUUUAUUUAUGCCAGCAGAAUGCCAGAGUUCCGAGCUGCACUAUUUCGCUUGACGUGUAAAUGUUGUCGACUGGGGCAAAACUCAAUGACAAAGCCUCCGUCUAUUCACAUGAUUGACACCAGGAAUAAUAUAGUUUAUGGUCGGGUACAAGACAGCACAGUGAAAAACUUAUCGAAUACUCCAACAUCGACAUAGACCACGCCUUCACGUCUUGUCCAUCUAGAGUAUAGACACUGCUAUAAUUGAGAGCUUCGGUGGCGCAAUCUUAGUGCUCAGCUUUGGUGUGGAACGUCCCAGGUUCAAUCCCUGGCUAAUGCCAAUAUUGAGGUGUCAAAACCUGGCUCGGACGACAACGUUAAAUAGCAGUCCCGUCUCCAAUAAAAUGGGAUGUAAAAGCAACAUUGAGAACACAACAAAACCCUGGCUGUGACCACUGUCAGUGCCAGCGAUUGAGGCCGGCUUGCAGUAUAGCACCGAAGCUUCUGGUGAAUGAGGUCUCGAAAAAAGAGUAUUACAAUCAGUAAGUCCAAUGGUACUGAAUAUGCAAGUGCUGGAAAUGCAGAAAGGAAAGAAGUUAUACAUCACAGAACGGGAAUAAAGUUAUCGAAUACCCCAUUAUCACCACGGGAAUACCCUUAUAUCAACAUAGACCACACCUUGAUUGUCCAUCUAGAAUCUAGACAAUGCUAUAAUGGGGUUAUACGCCACAGCACGGAUACACAUAUCGAAUACCCCAAUAUCAACAUAAACCACGCCUUGAUUGUCCAUCUAGAAUCUAGACAAUGCUAUAAUGGGGUUAUACGCCACAGCACGGAUACUCAUAUCGAAUGCCCCAACAUCAACAAAGACCACGCCUUGCUUGUCCAUCUAGAAUAUUAACACUACUAUGAUUAAUGAGGUUGUACACCACAGCACGGGGCUAAACAUAUUGAAUGCCCCAACAUCAACAAAGACCACGCCUUUAGUGCUUGUCCAUCUUGAGUAUUAAAACUACUAUAAUGGCUUUCUCAAUCAAAAAAGAGGAUAAAGCGCAUCGAAAAUACGAAUAUUAACCACUAUCCUUGUUGAUAAUGUGGAUCACGAAUAUAACUCUUAUGCAUGGUAUACAGCCUGUUACAGCACGACAGCGCGUAUAUACUUAAAUAUCUCAACAUCCACAUGAGAUGUGAAAACAUUCCUACAGUUUCUAUGUGGAACAAAGGACUACAGUCAAACUUGUAUAAAGCUGGGAAUUGUCAAGUGGCCGAUAGAUAGAGGUUGACCGCUUAUAGAGCUAAAAAGUAGUGCAAAAAAUCUUCUUUUUGAUUUUGACAACAAGCUUUUUUAUAGAUGUUUUAACAUGGUUAAAACCAUUAAAUAGAGGUUCUUCUCUAUACCAAAACCUAACAUCAACAAAGUUAAUGAACACCAACACAGCCUUUCCCUUGAUGGUGAUCAUCUUAUGUCAGAGUAGAUGGAGUUAAUUACGAAAGACUAGGGGAUAAACUCAUCGAAAUUUCUAAGCAAACUAUAAUUGUGUACAUACGGUGUAUAGCCUUUGCUGUAUACCCGCAUAAGAUACGACGCAUAGGAUGCGUCAAUUCAAUAAGCUAUGGCAGUUAUUUAUUAAUUAUUCGCCGAAGGCGAAGUGAUUAUCGGGGAAUA